AUGAAGUCGCCAUGCGGAUCAACGGCAGCAGAGGCUCUUGAGCGAGGCUGUAAAUUUGACAUUACAUCGUUUUGCUGGCUCCACGAAGAAUGCUACGACGCCAAGCUCUCGGAGGGUUUUGAUGGCAUCGUGAUCUGGGAGCGGUUCAGGGGCCCCAACAUGACACAGCCUCACUCGCACGAGCAGAUCAUGACGGAAGAACACACGGACUUGUACGUCAACUGGGAGUACCACGUCCGGCAUUGCAUCGCUAUGUGGCAAAAGAUGCAUCGAGCGAUCCUUGGCAAGGGAAAGGCGGCAAUCGAUAGCUAUAUUGACGAGUUCCAUUAUACGCACCACUGCAACCAGCUGCUUUCAACCCGUGGCGCUGCGUUUGACAACAUGAACACCAUCAUGGCGGUCAAAUUUCCUGAUUAUAGAAUGGAAUAG